UUAGUAGGAUAUGAGUGGUUGCAAGGCUGUAAAAAUUUGAUGUUUGUCUUGGAAAAGUGGUAACUAUGAUUACACUUUAGAGUGUUUAAUAGUGAAAGUUCACUCUAUUACUGUCGAUGCUAGAUUCGAGUUAUUGUGAUGAGGUCGAGAGGGUUCACGUUAUAACUUACUGAGCUUAGGAAGACAAAGGGGUGACUUCGCAAAGUGCGUGACGUCCAACCCAUAGAAAUGUAUAUCAGACCUUCUAAGGUCUAGUAAGAGAUGGUAUACCUAUGGCUCAGCCUCCCACAACCAUAAUUCUAGAUGUCAAGCAUGCCUCCGUGGAGACUACGUAGUAGGCCUAGACAGUAUAGGGCAGUCUUGGUGCACAAACCACAUAAUAGACCCAAACAAUAUCGUUCUUCUUCUUCUUCCUCGACGCCUCCUCUUCCCUUCUUCCACUUCCAAAUCUCCUAACCUCGACACCAUCUCCAUUUCUCUCGUCAGAACCUCAAAUCGCUCACCUUUCUCGCGACUGCAUUUGAAGAAGCCGCAAUUCCGAACUUCGAAGCCCUAAUUCGUGCUCCCAACCAGCCAUCUAGCACCAAUGGCAGGCGUCAUUACGAAGUUCUUCAUUGCAUCACUGUUUAUGUGGAUAACUCCCAUCAUAUUGUUGUAUGGUUUUAACCACAAUUUGAUUCCUGGUUCAACACAAUUGAAUCCGCAUUCUCUUACACUCUUGAGUGGAUUCCUUGCUGUCAUAUCAGUCAAUGUUGUCAUUGCUAUUUAUAUUAUCAUGGCAAUGAAAGAACCCUCUAGUAAACAUGAACCGGAUCCUGCAUUUGUUGCCGAGGCAAAAGCUAGUAUAAACCAGUCUCCUGGGAAAGCAGAGGACCCCUCACAGGCCAAUAAUAAGAAGGAAGAAUAGGAAAUGAGAGAGGGAGAGGCUCUGAUGAGCUUAACCUUUCCAGGAUUCCAGAUGAUAAUGUCUCAUGUGUGGUCAGACUGUCUGCUUGUCAAUUGAGACUUGGUUUCUUUUCUUUGCUUCUAAUGAUGUUAUACUUGAAGAGGAGAUGUAAUAUUUGUUGGUUGGGGAGAAUUAGAAUAAAUUUUAGAUUCUUGUAUUUCUGGCUUCAUAGUUAGAACUUUAUAACAUAAUCCCGAUGGUUUCAAUCU